AAAAUUUGUAUUUUGUUUUAUUCCAAAAACGGACAGAACUUUCCGGUAGACCUAAUAUAAACUAGUAUAUAAUUUUUUUAAAAGAUCAUGUAUCAGAAUAAUGUUAAGAGAGUAUUUGGAACAAGGAAACAAUUAAUGAAUCAAUCAAAGUGAACGAAAUACUUUCGCGUAACUUGAUAUCAUUGUAUGACUCGUGUUUUUGUGAGAUGUACAAUUUUCUGUGAGUGCCUACGUCGGUGAUUGUUCUAGCUAAUAUAUAGAGACGAAAUUUUUUGAAACAUGGCGAAAAAGCGGGAAUGCAUAUCCAUUCAUAUAGGGCAGGCGGGUGUGCAAAUGGGAAACGCUUGUUGGGAGCUUUAUUGUUUGGAGCACGGUAUCCAUCCGGAUGGACAGAUGUCCAGCGACACUACCGUAGGUCACGGGGAUGAUUCUUUUAACGCAUUCUUUUCUGAAACAAGCUCUGGAAAACGUGUUCCGCGAGCGGUUUUGGUCGAUCUCGAGCCAACGGUAGUAGACGAAGUUCGUUCGGGUACUUACAAGCAAUUGUUCCAUCCGGAACAGAUGAUCACCGGCAAGGAGGAUGCGGCUAAUAAUUAUGCUAGGGGUCACUACACGAUAGGAAAAGAAAUCAUAGACAUUACUUUAGAUAGAAUACGCAGACUGACAGAGCAAUGCAAAGGUUUGCAAGGCUUCUUGAUCUUCCAUUCGUUUGGGGGUGGUACAGGAUCUGGAUUCUCGAGUCUGCUUAUGGAACAAUUGUCCGCCGAUUAUUCGAAGAAAAGUAAACUAACUUUUAGCAUUUAUCCAGCCCCACAGGUGUCAACUGCAGUAGUGGAACCUUAUAACGCGAUUCUAUACACUCAUCCAACAUUAGAGCAUACCGAGGUGGCUUUCAUUGUAGAUAAUCAGGCCAUUUUCGAAUUAUGCAGAAGGAAUUUGAACAUCGAUCGACCGACUUAUACAAAUCUAAAUCGACUGAUUGGACAAAUAGUCUCAUCUAUCACUGCUAGUUUACGAUUCGAUGGAGCAUUGAAUGUCGAUCUCACCGAAUUCCAGACAAAUCUAGUGCCUUAUCCACGUAUUCAUUUUCCACUCGCCACUUAUGCUCCCGUUCUGUCAGCGGAAAAAGCUGAACACGAGAGAGUGACCGUCGCAGAAAUAACGAAUUCUUGUUUCGAACCGAAUCACCAAAUGGUGAAUUGCGAUCCGCGUAUGGGAAAGUACAUGGCGGUGUGUUUGCUAUAUAGGGGCGAUGUGGUGCCCAAGGACGUUAACGCGGCGAUCGCAAUGAUAAAACGGCAGAAACACGUGCAAUUCGUCGAGUGGUGCCCGACGGGAUUCAAGGUGGGAAUAAAUUAUCAACCGCCUACUGUUGUACCGGGUGGCGAUCUUGCACGAGUGGAUAGGGCGGUAUGUUGUCUCUGUAACACAACGGCGAUUGUGGACGCAUGGGCUCGACUCGAUCAUAAAUUCGAUCUUAUGUAUGCCAAACGAGCUUUCGUUCACUGGUUCGUCGGGGAAGGUAUGGAGGAAGGUGAAUUUUCAGAAGCCAGGGAAGAUCUAGCCGCCUUAGAACUUGAUUAUCGUGAAGUGCAAGAAGACGCUGUCAACACUGAGGAAGAGGAAGAAUAUUGAACUCGCCUCGUUAUACUAUAUAUUGAUUCAAUACUAUUAUAAUAAUGUGUAUAUUAUUAUAACGUUCUGAUAUAAUACAA